UGAACAGAUAAAGACUGAAAGUUAUCUGACUUGCUUUUGGGAGGCACGGAGACACACUGGAUGCUCUGAUACGAGCAAAGCUGUCAUUUUAACUUUCCUUUUUACCUUUAAUGCUUAUGGAUUAUGGGAGUUUAACCAUGUGGCAGAUAGCUGAUCGGCUUCCCUGGAUUUCGCUGUGGACCUCGCUUCGUUUGGCCUGAAGAUGGAAACGCUGGAGUCGGAGCUGACCUGCCCAAUCUGUCUGGAGCUGUUCGAGGACCCUCUCCUUCUGCCCUGCGCCCACAGCCUGUGUUUCAGCUGCGCCCACCGCAUCCUGGUCUCCCACUGCACGCCCAGCGAGCCCCUGGACUCCAUCAGCGCCUUCCAGUGCCCCACCUGCCGUUAUGUCAUCACCCUCAGCCCGCGAGGCCUAGAGGGACUCAAGCGCAACGUCACCCUGCAGAACAUCAUCGACCGCUUCCAGAAGGCCUCCGUGAGCGGGCCCAACUCCCCCAGCGAGACCCGGCGGGAGCGCCCGGCCCCCGAGCCCCCCGCCAUGACCGCGCCCGGAGAGAGGGUGCAGUGCCAGUUCUGCGAGCAGGAGCCGCCGCAGGACGCAGUGAAGACCUGCGUCACGUGCGAGGUGUCGUACUGCGAGGAGUGCCUGCGCGCCACGCACCCCAACAAGAAGCCCUUCACCGGCCACCGGCUCACCGAGCCGCUGCCCGACUCCCACCUGCGCGGCCUGCUGUGCCUGGAGCACGAGGACGAGAAGGUGAACAUGUACUGCGUGACCGACGAGCAGCUCAUCUGCGCCCUCUGCAAGCUGGUGGGCCGCCACCGGGACCACCAGGUCAGCGCACUCAGCGACCGCUACGACAAGCUGAAGCAAGCCCUGGAUUCAAACCUUGGCAACCUGAUCAAGAGAAACAAUGAACUGGAAACCCUUAUGGGAAAGUUGAUUCAGACCUGCCAGCACGUGGAGGUCAAUGCUGCCCGGCAGGAGACCAGGCUGCUGGAAGAGUGUGACCUUCUGAUCGAGAUCAUCCAGCAGAGACGGCAGAUCAUCGGGACUAAGAUCAAAGAGGGGAAGGUUGUUAGGCUGCGCAAACUGGCACAGCAAAUUUCUAACUGCAAGCAGUGCAUCGAGAGGUCGUCCUCCCUCAUCACGCAGGCCGACCAGACGCUCAAGGAGACGGACCACGCCCGCUUCCUGCAGACCGCCAAGAGCAUUUCUGAGAGAGUGUCUAUGGCGACAGCGUCUUCUCAGAUCCUGAUCCCGGAAAUCAACCUGAAUGACACCUUCGACACGUUUGCGCUUGACUUCACCCGGGAGAAGAAGAUGCUGGAGAGUCUGGAUUACCUUACAGCGCCAAAUCCUCCAGGCCUCAGGGAGGAGCUGUGCACUGCGUCCUACGACACCAUCACCGUCCACUGGACGUCCGAGGAUGAGUUCAGCGUGGUGUCCUAUGAGCUGCAGUACACCAUUUUUACUGGGCAAGCCAACGUCGUCAGUCUGUGCAACUCGGCCGAUAGCUGGAUGAUCGUGCCCAACAUCAAACAGAACCACUACACUGUGCAUGGCCUGCAGAGCGGCACCAAGUACAUCUUCAUCGUCAAGGCCAUUAACCAGGCCGGCAGCCGCAACAGUGAGCCGGGCAAACUGAAGACCAACAGUCAGCCGUUUAAGCUGGACCCCAAGUCUGCUCACAGGAAGCUGAAAGUGUCACAUGACAAUCUAACGGUGGAACGGGACGAGGCAUCCUCGAAAAAGAGUCACACGCAGGACCGCUUCACCAGCCAGGGGAGCUACGGCGUGGUGGGAAACGUCUACAUCGACAGCGGGAGGCACUACUGGGAGUCUCUGAUUGGAGGAAGCACAUGGUAUGCGGUCGGCGUGGCCUACAAGUCCGCGCCGAAGCAGGAGUGGGUGGGGAAGAACUCGGCCUCGUGGGUUCUGUGCCGCUGCAACAACGCCUGGCUGGUGCGGCACAACGGCAAGGAGACGGCGGUGGAGCCCUCGCCCCACCUGCGCCGCGUGGGCGUGCUGCUGGACUACGACAGCGGCUCGCUGGCCUUCUACGACGCCGCCGCCUCCCAGCUGCUCCACACCUUCCACGUCUCCUUCGCCCAGCCCGUCUGCCCCGUCUUCAACGUGUGGAACAAGUGUCUGACCGUGCUCACCGGCCUGCCCAUCCCCGACCACCUGGAGGGGCCCGACCUGCUGGACUGAGCGCGCCCCGCGACGGAAGCUACCGGAAGCCGGCGGGAACCAGCGGGAACCACCGGAAACCACCGGAAGCAGAGGGAAACUAAACAAAUGAAAUACUCAGACUGCAUUUACUAAGAGCGGUCUAUGAUGACUGUGUGAAUUUAAUAAAGCCAUAGCUUUAAAUCUUUUAUUUUUUGUUUUUUUAGCUAUGCCGUUGCUGUACUAAAUUAAAAGAUAAUAAAUUAUUUAUGGGCGAAAAUAAUUGGAUUGGAAAAUACUACAGAUCUUUUUUUUUUUUUUUUUUUGCUUUGCACAUUAAUGUUUACUACUAUAUUUAUGCCGUAGUUGAUUUUUUGGGAGAUUAAAAAAAGUGAAAUAUAACCUUUUUUAAAAUUCUAAGGAGCCUAUGUUCGUGCAAUUCUGGGUUGCUUUUUUGGGAAGAGGUAUAAGUCACAUGAAAGUGCUGAAGCGUAAUGUUCUAAGCGAUAUUUUAUUUGUCUCUCAUCCACAUCUGCAUGUUGAUUAAACUUUUGUGAAAGUUGUAUCCAGCUGGAAAUGAUUCAGAGACAACAGUACUCUGCAUAAUGCAUGCAUGGGCUCCACAGUUCCUGUUCUUCCCUUGAAUUGCAACUGUGAUGUCACAUACCAUUGAACCAAUGGAGUUAAAGUAUGUGGCAUGGAACUUAACGUGUCAUCACCUUUCAGAUGUCUUCAUAAUAUAGGAUCAGGUGAUUGAGUUCUAUUUUCAUAAGUGUUCAUUGCUAUGACUCAUGCUCUGCUUUUAAUCUUUACAAAGGAAAUAUCAACAUUUCCGUUUGCUCUUUUCUUUUGUUUUGCUGGAUUUUGUCUUCUAUAAUGAGUUACAGAAAGUCAAAUUACUUAUAUUUUCAGUCAUUUGGUUCAUUAGUAAGGAAGAUUCUUAUUUUCUACAUUCUGCCUGGCAUUGUUAUCAUUUUAAACGUGUAUUGCUGUGAGCACUCCGACAGAGGUCCUUGCUUUGGAAGGUAAAGGUUUGUAGGCGUGAAAGCACACAAACACCUUGGACGGUGACGUCACGGGGGCCUACCCGGGACGAAGCCCUCACACAUGACUUCUGAACUGACUCGGGAUUAGUUUUCUCACGACAGAGACAAUGUUCUGAUGUGUAGUUUUGUUUCGUGUAUGCCCUGCACUCUGACGGUCGUGUGGAAUUACAGAAGAAAAGUGUGGAUUAACUGUCAUUACCUGACAGGAACUGCUGGGAGCGAUGAGACGGACACGAGGUGUGUAAUAAACCACAACAAACAAACUCGCUCUUCAUUUCACAUCCCGCCAUGUUGCCAUAGUGACCUAUUGGACAACAGAGGAUGCACUUACAAUGGGAAGCUCAUGUCUUCAGACGCAACGCAGUGCAAUUGUUUAUCCUGUACACUUUACUUGUGAAAUAAAAUGACCUGGAUCAGAA